CGCGCCCCACAGCCGCAUCACCCUCGCCCCCCUCUUGUUUAUAGAUUUGGUACAAACCUUUCUCCUAUUUUGUUGGUACGUUAGAUAACAUAGACGGUGUGGGCGUGGUUUACUACUGUAACACCGCCUCCCCUCUCCAGCACGUCACGGAUCUGGGCGUGGCUGCGUGCCGUCCUGCCUGUCAGUGUGGGCGUGUCCUCUUGCGCUGUGGUGUGAUCGGUGAAGUCGGAGGCGGCAGUGCGCAGUGUCCGGGGCUCAGUACAGCGCUUACACCGCAGCCAUGGGGAAUAAGGUGGCCCGGGAGGACUUCGAGUGGGUGUACAGCGACCAGCCGCACGCUGACCGCCGGAAGGAGAUCCUGGCUAAGUAUCCCGAGAUAAAGACGCUCAUGAAACCCAACUCUAACCUCAUCUGGAUUGUCACCCUGAUGGCUUUCACUCAGUUUCUGGCCUUUUACCUGGUGAAGGACCUAGAAUGGAAGUGGCUGAUGUUUUGGACUUACGUUUUCGGGAGCUGCAUCAGCCAUUCCAUGACCCUGGCCAUCCAUGAGAUUUCCCACAAUUGCGCCUUCGGAAACAGCAAGGCCAUGUGGAACCGGUGUUUUGGGAUGUUUGCCAACUUGCCUCUUGGUCUUCCUUACUCCAUCUCCUUCAAGAGGUACCACAUGGACCACCAUCGUUACUUGGGCGGGGACGGCAUUGACGUGGACAUCCCCACCGAUUUCGAGGGCUGGUUUUUUUGCACUCCGUUGAGGAAGCUGGUGUGGAUCAUCCUGCAGCCCCUCUUCUACACCAUCCGGCCCAUUUGUAUCAACCCCAAACCCGUCUCCCAGCUGGAAAUCAUCAACCUGUUUGUGCAGUUUUCCUUUGACGCUUUGAUUUACCAUUUCUUGGGUGUGAAGUCUGUGGUUUACAUGCUGGUGGGAUCUAUCCUGGGCCUCGGCCUCCACCCUAUAUCGGGGCACUUUAUCGCUGAACAUUACAUGUUCCUGAAGGGCCACGAGACCUACUCCUACUAUGGGCCACUGAACUACCUGACGUUCAAUGUCGGCUACCACAACGAACAUCACGACUUCCCCAGUAUUCCGGGAAAGAACCUGCCUCUGGUGCGGAAGAUCGCGGCGGAAUACUACGACCCUCUGCCGCAGUACACCUCCUGGGUGAAGGUUCUCUACGACUUCAUCAUGGACGAUUCGCUCAGCCCCUAUUCCCGUGUGAAGAGGGAACUGAAAGGAGAGAUCAAACAGGACUGAUUCCCCCGAAGCCUCUAGGACAUAUUUUUACUUCAGCCCUCAGGGGUCCCAUGCGCUUUUUUGUUUAUUUUUAAGUCUUGGGAAUACGGAGUCUGCAUUACAAGGACACCCCACCCCCAACACAUAGACGCUCCUAAUGAGAUCAGGGAGGGUUUUUUGUUUUUUUCCCCUUGUAAUUUAGACUUGGUUGUCAUAGAGUUAAAGCUUGACUAUUCCCCAUAGCGUCUAAUAUGGAUGACAGCCCGUGACCUCUCUGAGGGGGGCAUUAUAUUAUCCGCUUCAUAGUCGAAAUGUCUGCGCGUUUUCUGGAAAAGAGCGAUAACCGCGGGACAGAGGCUCCCGCCAACCGCAGAUGUGUCGUAUCAUUUCAGAUUGUUCUCAUGUCGACCUCCCCUGCGUAUCCUCCAUAGGUGUUUUAGAAUCAUAUACAGUGACCCCCCGACAUACGAUGGCCCCGACAUACGAUCAUCUCAGAGGCCAUCACAUGUUGAAGGCAGCAUCAACAUAUAAUGCUUUUAUAUGUCGGGGCCAUCGCAUAAAAGGCUAUCCGGCAGCGCAGACUGCUUCAGCUGCCGCAGGAUAGCCUUUUAAAGGGGUACUCCGAUGGAAAACUUUAUUUUUAUUUGUUUUUAAAUCAACUGGUGCCAGAAAGUUAAACAGAUUUGUAAAUUACUUUUAUUAAAAAAUCUUAAUCCUUCCAGUACUUAUUAGCUGCUGAAUACUACAGAGGAAAUGGUUUUCUUUCUGGAACACAGAGCUCUCUGCUAACAUCACAAACACACUCUCUGCUGACAUCGUGAGCACAGAGCUCUCUGCUGACAUCGUGACUACAGUGCUCUCUGCUGACACCUCUGUCCAUUUUAGGAACUGUCCAGAGCAGCAUAUGUUUGCUAUGGGGAUUUUCUCCUACUCUGGACAGUCCUUAAAAUGGACAGAGAUGUCAGCAGAGAGCACUGUGCUCGUGAUGUCAGCAGAGAGCUCUGUGUUCCAAAAAGAAAAGAAUUUCCUCUGUAGUAUUCAGCAGCUAUUAAGUACUGGAAGGAUUAAGAUUUUUUUUUUUAAUAGAAGUCAUUUACAAAUCUGUUUAAAUUUCUGGCACCAGUUGAUUUUAAAAAGUUUUUUUUCCCACCGGAGUACCCCUUUAAUGUGCUCCGGCGAGUGUCGCUCACUUGUCCCCACCGCUCCAGACCGUCCUCUUCAGGCUCCGCUGCAUGGCCGUCGCUCUACUUCGUCAUCAUCACGUCUCCGCGCACGCCGUCCCGUCAUAUAUUAGGUGCGGCAACGUGAUGACGGUGAUGGAGAGCGACGAUCCAGGGCAGCGGUGACGGUCCGGAGCGGCGGGGACACGUGAGUAUAACUUAUUCUUGCACGGAUCCCUCAGCAUACGAUUAAUUCACGUAACGAUGGAACCAAUUACCAUUGUAUGUUGCGGGAUCACUGUAUAGGUUUAUUAGAAUUAGACUGUCUGUGAAAGGUCGUCUGAGCCACGCUUAUGCAUCCCCCCCCCCCAUGUGUGUAUAUAUGGACAGAACUGUAUAGGACAUGUAUUAGGAUGACUAGGUAGGAGGCCGUGUAGGUGCAGCCUAAUGGUGGAAGGGUAUUUUUUAUAGAGAGGAAAUAUUUUAUUUUCCUAUAAUA